AUGUCUACAUAUGAUGAAAUUGAAAUUGAAGAUAUGACCUUCCAUCCUGAAUUGGAAUUAUUCACAUACCCAUGCCCAUGUGGAGAUAGAUUUGAAAUACUUCUUGCAGAUAUGCUAGAUGGUGAAAAUAUUGCAGUUUGUCCAAGUUGUUCCUUGAUGAUUGAUGUUAUCUUUGAACCUGAGGAUUUAGAAGAAUUUACUGCAAUGGCUGGAACUGACUCUAUGCAAGUCGGUAUUACAGCUUAA